UUCAAUCUUCAUUGAAAUUUAUUUAAUAAUUGGACCUCCUUCCUCGGUAUCUUUGGUUCCUCUUGUUUUGUAAUUUACCUUUGCCCCCUUUUAUUGCUUUUAUAUCAGCUCUUUUAUACAUAUAUUUUUAAUCUUUAUAUCUUUCUCCAUGUUUUUCUUUUUUCACUGCUAGCUUUCUAUAUUUAGGGUGAAAAAUAUUGGUGAAAUAGUUUUGGGCUUUUGGCACUUUAGAGAAUCAUGUAUAGGUGUGUGUAUGUGUGUGUGCCAAUAGAGCAUAGUUUAGGUGGGUAUUAAGUCCUGCAUAAAUGACCGAGAUCCGAAAUACAUUGUACCAAUCAACCAUUCAUGUUGAAUUGAAUGAUCAAGACCAGAGCUCUGUGACAUGUAUUGAGAUCAUUAUGGGAAGGGAAGUUACUGGCAUACAAAUCAUGGAGAAGAAGCUGAACGGUUUGACUUCAAAUGGUAGUUUUAGCGAUAGAGUGCGUGUUUCUCCCAAAAUUGCAGCAAUGGUUCAAGCAAUGGAUCAUGAGAUAAAGGAAUCUUCUGAAUCUAAAGAUGUUUUGAGUUCCAAAAGCACGAAACUAAAUGCUGGUUUGUCUGAAGAGAAGAAUGAGAAGUCUGAAGUAGAGCAGAUGGGUGACAAUAAAGAGUUAAGCUCACCAACUGCAAUAACAAUUCCUGUGGAUAAAGAGCAUACAAGCCCCACUUCACCACAGCAAUCUGAUCAGGCUACUGAAAAGCAUGUCACCCAUACGCAGACUGUUGAUAUCGAAGCUGUUGCAAAUGGUCACAGCUUGUCACCAAAAGCUAACAAUAUGCACUCACCGAAUUCCUCAAAGAACUCACAGUCGCAGUCAAACUCACCUUUUUCUACAAGGAAGCUCUUGCAGCAUGAUAAGAAGCACCAUGAUGAUGAAGACAAUUGGUCUGUUGCUUCCUCUGUUGCAUCUGCACGCACUUCCAGAUCUAAGGUAACUGUAGGUACAGCCCCUACGUUUAGAAGCUCAGAUCGUGCAGAGAAACGGAAGGAGUUCUAUCAGAAGUUAGAGGAGAAAAAUCGAGCCCUGGAAGAGGAAAGACUCCAGUAUGAGGCCAGGCGAAAGGAAGAGGAGGAAGCAGCCGUUAAGCAGUUGAGAAAGAACUUAGUCAUUAAAGCAAAACCCGUACCAAGCUUCUACUAUGAGGGGCCUCCCCCUAAGACUGAACUUAAAAAGCCUCCGCUGACUCGACCCAAGUCACCAAAACUAUCCCGGAGAAAGAGCUGUGGUGAUGCUGUCAGCUCAUCUCCAGAAGUUUGCACUAAAGCACGCCACAGUAUUUGCAAUAACCCCAAAGGUGGGUUUGGUUCCCUUGUCACUCCAAAAAAUAAGGAUCUGGUCACUGGACGUAACAACAAUGGCGCUUGCAAACCCAGGGAAAGAACCAAACUGGACAAGGAAACAAAACCAGCUCCUCCUAAUAUCACCGAGCAGACAAAUGCGGACAUAUCUGUCCAAUAAUAAGCUUCCAAAGAUCUUACUGACUUCCAGAUGAGAGAAAAAUAACCUUCAUUUUUCCUGGUCACAUCAAAUGGGAUGUUUGCAGAAGAGAUGGUCUUAUUUUCUUUUCACCAGGACUGACAUGUUUAAGUGGUUUGUUUUUAACUUGAAGUGUAUAUGUUUUGUAUGUUAUAUUGGCACAUAUCAUUUUAUUUUAUUAUAUAUAAAUAGUUAUUGAUGUAAUUUGUAUGUACGAAAUUUGACAUGAUUCGGACUGCUUGGGGACUUUGGAAGGAAAUUCAUAUGAAAUAUAUUCCUUUUCCUAUAACUAAUUUAUUGAGUGUUACAUCUCGUA